AUGCACAAGCUCAAUUCCCACCCCGGCUCGGCUCCCGACGGCGAAAGCGAAAGUGAAAGCGAAGAGCCCCGCUCGCAGCAAGUCCGGCGUGCCUGGUCCCAAGCCCUUGCAUCGCGACGUGCUCAGUGGAGUCAACCCUCUGCCAAAGGAGGCGGAACGGGUGGAGGCGGAAGCUCGAGGAGUGCUUUGCCAAAGGAGAUCUUCGAUGUGAGCUUCAGUAGGAGUCAGGGGCCGGGGGGACAAAACGUCAAUAAAGUCAAUACAAAGGCCAAUGUGCGUCUGCUCCUAGCGGCAGCCUCCUCACCCAGCAUCUUCGACUCGGGCAAAUCCCCUCUGCCUGUACCGAUCCCACGCGAGGUGGUGAGCAGGCUGGUGGAGAAGUCGACGUACUAUACCCAGGCGAGCCACAGUCUCCUCGUCUCUAGCGAGUCUCUGCGGACACAAGAAGGGAACCUGAGCGAUGCCAUCGAGAAGCUUCUGGACCACCUUCACCAGCACGCAACGGCCGAUCUGAUCAACCCUACCCCUCUGCUCCAGAAAGAGAAGGUGCAGCGGUUAAUUGCUCGGGAGAAGGGCAAGCUGAAGAAGGUCAAGUCGCAGAGGAGCGCUGUGAAGAGUGGUAGGAGGGACAAGGGGUUCUGA